CGGCAGACCACUCUGGGUAACCCAACCUUGGGUGAGAUUUAUCUAAGGUUAGGUUACUGCACUGUACCUAAGCUAAUGUGCUGUAGGUUAGAGUAACUUAAGUAGUCCUUGUUGACCAACCUACGGUUGGCAGGCAGCUCCCUGACGCAGCUCCCCGACGCAGCUCCCGCGCUCCGAUCCUCCCACGUUUGUGACUAUAUUAUACUAAAGCUACCACAUACAUAGGUACUGUGCUGUAAGCAAGUCUCUGUCCAUUGAUCCUGCUCCUGAUCCCUCGUGCAAUACCACUCGGCUGCCAAACGCCCACAACCCAUGUCGAGAGUUGCCGUCAAGAUGAACGAUACCGUUCCAAUCACAGGCGUGGAUGCUCUGGACCAGCAUCUUGACCAGCUCGUCGCAGAUCCCACCCUGCCAUCUCAGGUGAAGCUCUUUGACGAUGUCACACUUCAACUGACAGAUGUCAACAUCCUGCCGCUCAUCCCGCGACUCCUCCCCAAGAUCACCGAGAUACUCAAACAAUACCAACAAGACCCUGCUAUCAUCUGCGAGCUGGCCAUCAAGCUGCUUGGUCCCCUCACUUUCACCCAAGUCAUGUCGCUGGCUUCCGAAGAUGCCAUCCUACAAGCCCUUCGAUCUCCCGCCCCUUCGGCAAACCUCCUCGCCAUGGCUGUACUCGACAAGGCCUCCAAAACUCCUGGCGAAGCAGCUAUACUCGCCACCAUGAAGAACACCAUCCUCGGUUUCGUCACACAAUGGCUCAGCGCCCCCCAGGUCGAGGUCGGCGAGAGAGGCUCCAGGGUGCUGGGCAACCUGCUCGACGUCGACUGCACUACACGGCCCGAGCACGGAGUAUCUCUGAACGGCCAAGAGAUCGUCACCCGGAAACCUCCCGGCCAGGGCCUGAUGUGGCGGAGGGUCUUCCAAGACAGAGAUAUCUACGGCACCAUCCUCUCUCUGUCUGGCGCCGGGCCUCACCACGACGCAGAAGGCGGCCAGAGCAGCCACCAGCUCACCCUCGCGCAGGGCCGUCUCUUCAGGGUCGUGCCGCGCCUGGCUGCGCUCAACUUGGGUGCCGUCACCAGAACCGAGUUCCCGGACCUAAAUCAGCGUGUUUCCCAUGUUGAGACCGACGAGGGUCUGCUCCAGUUCACAGCCCUACGAAUGAUUGAUAAGGAUGACCUCCUCAUGCACUUGACCCUGGUUGAUUUCUUCGAGACUCUGGUCAGCAUCCAGCGCGUUACCCCUUUCUCCACGUAUAAGAUGGAGACUCUCAAGAAACUCCUGCUGGAUGCAACCGGAAAUGAUGCUGCGGUGAAGGACGCAAUCCUAACCCUGCCCGACCGUACGGUGCCAGAAGAAGCUGGAGAUUUGCGCACGUUUAUUGGCAGUCUCCUCCGGCCAUGAUGGACCGCAGAGCUCAAGAAAUGCACAAGCACAUUUGGUAGGGUACACCAGCUCUCAUCCAGCUCGAAAUACAGAACGUCCGGACACGGGGCGAUGAUAUCUGAAAACAUGACGAUGAUGCAGUUCAGCGUAGCCUGAGACGUUGUCAUGACCACCAACCUGAACACGCCGCGAAAGCUUACAAAUGAGCAGUGGUGGAUGGUAUGGAGUGAUGGCGCGGGAAUACAAGGCCGUACCUAGUCUAGUCUAAGGUGUAUUGGACUGGCCAAUGACUUGCACGUUCACCCAAUCUGAGGCCCAUCCUGGGGCAUUUGCUUAUUAUUAUAUAAAUACCAAGUACUUAAUACUGAAGGUGGCUAUAUUGAACAAAAACUAU